AUCCACUGAUUAUCUAUGACUUUUUGCUUUAAUGUGUUUCUUUUGAAUGAGUUCCUAAAUGGACAAUGUUACAAUUACAGGGGUGCUACUUGUGUAAAUGAUGAUGACUACACUGAAGAAGGCCGGAUAAAACAUAGAUGUGACACAGGAUGUUCAACUCCAGAAGCACCAGAAAAUGGAUUCAUCAGGAAUGAAAAACCGUGUUAUGAUGUUGGAGAAGAAGCCGAAGCGGUUUGCUUCAGUGGCUAUCAUCGCCUGGGAUAUCAGUUCUUUCGCUGCCUUCCAGACAAAACAUGGUUACAACAGACCAUUGAGUGCCAGUUGUUGGCUUGUGACAAACCAUCAGUUUCCACUGCUGUCCGUAUGACCCCAUUUAAAAUUCAGUAUGAUGUUGGGGACAACAUCCAGCUGAGCUGUCCUGAAGGUUACAGUCUUACAGGCUCAGAGACGUACAAAUGUGGAGACAAAUUUUCCUGGAUCCCUCCAAUUCUGAGCUCACUUGAUUGCAAGAAAGUCUUAAUUCCUUCUUUAGGCGAGCUGCUUCACAUCAAAGGUAAUUGCAGCCUUGGGAAAAAAGAGGUGGAUUCUCAGUGUGUCUGCAUAUCCCCAGAGGAGGACUGCAACACCAGCUCAGAAGAUAUCUGCAUAUUGGAUGUACAAUCUGAACAAGCUGUUACAAAUUCUAGCUGUCAUUAUCUGGCUGAAAAGUGCAGGAAUGAUGAACAAGUCCAUUUUAUCCAUAACAAACCUUGUCGUGAUGACACUAGGUUGACCUGGGCCAUUGAGAGGGCAAAUCUUUCAGCAAACAGCAGAAGGAAAGAGCCCUGUGGAUAUGAUGUAUGCUAUGACUGGGAAAGAUGUGCAGAAGAAGGAUUGCACUGUACCUGCCUACUUCCAAGUCAGUGUGCAAAGAGUGAAGAACACGUCUAUUGCAUUCAGUAUGGGUCUGGAAAUCGAAGGAGGACAUCUACCCUCUGUGUAUUUGGAGCACUGAAAUGUGCCAACACGAAGGCAAUACUGUUGCAUCCUGGGAAAUGUGUGUCAUAAAAUGGGUUGGCAAACAGAUGUCUGAUGUACUCAGUCAUAUUUCAAUCACAGUCCAAAAUAAAUUCAUUGAAUGAAAA